UCAAGAAAAUAAUAAUAGUAACAAUCAUGAUUUCUUCGGUGAGGGGAAGGAGAGGAAAGAAACAGGGGUGGUGAGAUUUUUCCAGCGGCUCCACCCCGCGGGCCUCCGCGGGACACCCCGGCCCACCCCCGAGCUAUCGCCUCCACCUCCUCCCGCCGCGCCUGGCCAGCGACGGGGCAGGCUCCUGAGAGCCCCAGCGCCGCCGCCCGGCUUUGCUCCGCUGCCUGCGGAGAGAAGAGGGGACCCGGGCCAAGCUAAGGCUGCACCACUGACCUCUGGCCCGGCGGGGCCGGGAGCGCAGAGGAGGAGCGGCUGAGCCCGGGAGGGGUGGGGGGGAGCGGACUCCAUGCGGGGGCCAUGGACAGAGCAGCGCUCCUGGGACUGUCCCGCCUGUGCGCGCUGUGGGCAGCCCUGCUCGCGCUCUUCCCCUGCGGAACGCAGGGCAACUGGAUGUGGCUGGGCAUCGCCUCCUUCGGGGUUCCCGAGAAGCUGGGCUGCGCCAACCUGCCGCUGAGCAGCCGCCAGAAGGAGCUGUGCAAACGGAAGCCCUACCUGCUGCCCAGCAUCCGCGAGGGCGCCCGCCUGGGCAUCCAGGAGUGCAGGAGCCAGUUUCGCCACGAGAGAUGGAACUGCACGGUGGCCGCCGCCGCCACGCCCGCCUCCAGCGCCCUCUUUGGCCACGAGCUGAGCAGCGGUACCAAGGAAACAGCAUUUAUUUAUGCUGUAAUGGCUGCAGGCCUGGUGCAUUCUGUGACCAGGUCAUGUAGCGCAGGUAACAUGACGGAGUGUUCCUGCGACACCACCUUGCAAAAUGGAGGCUCAGCAAGUGAAGGCUGGCACUGGGGGGGCUGCUCUGAUGAUGUUCAGUAUGGCAUGUGGUUCAGCAGAAAGUUCCUAGAUUUCCCCCUCAGAAACACCACUGGAAGAGAAAGCAAGGCACUGUCAGCAAUGAAUCUGCAUAACAGUGAAGCUGGAAGGCAGGCUGUCGCCAAGUUGAUGUCAGUUGACUGCCGCUGCCAUGGAGUUUCUGGCUCCUGUGCUGUGAAAACAUGCUGGAAAACCAUGUCGUCUUUUGAGAAGAUCGGCCAUUUGUUGAAAGAUAAGUAUGAAAACAGUGUCCAAAUCUCAGACAAAAUAAAGAGGAAAAUGCGCAGGAGAGAAAAGGAUCAGAGGAAAAUCCCCAUUCACAAGGACGACCUACUCUACAUUCAUAAGUCUCCCAACUACUGCGUAGAAGAUAAGAAACUCGGGAUUCCAGGGACACAAGGAAGAGAAUGCAACCGGACAUCGGAGGGUUCUGAUGGCUGCAACCUCCUGUGCUGUGGCCGGGGUUAUAACACGCAUGUAGUCCGGCAUGUGGAGAGGUGUGAGUGCAAGUUCAUUUGGUGUUGCUAUGUCCGCUGCAGGAGGUGCGAAAGCAUGGCUGACGUCCACACUUGCAAGUAACUGCUCCAUCGGGCCUUGGGCCGCAUGGCUCAGGGACAUGCAGUUGGUGUCUCACCCAAGGGUGCAUCUUGCACUCUCCAUAUUGCACUGUGCUGGGCUGACAGCUGACUCUGAAUUCCAGGAUCCCGCGUGCCUCUCAGUUUACUUUACCUGGGCAAUAUCCAAUCACAUACAGAGCACGUGAAUGUCUAGACACUUUGUUAAAGUUACAAAUGCUUUGGAUGAAUAUUUUUGUUGGUUUGGAAAUUACGUACUGACUCCCAAGAAAGAUGAGCUGUCUCUCGAUCAAGAUCCCUCCUGUCAGGACAGUUGGUCCGUUCUCAGGUUCAGGUCUUUGACUGUGGAACUCAGUUACUUAUAGAACUGGAUAGCGGUGGGUGAAUGUUAGCCAUUUAAAAAAGACACUUCUUACAGAAGCAAAGAGCUGUAGACAUGAAGCUCAUCUAAUCUCUUAAUACUUUAGAUGAAAUCAUAGGGGAUGUGAAUGGAAACAUGCUGAAAAAAUUAAGAGAAGGGGUGGGUGCUAUCUUGCACCUCCCCAAAAGGGCAAAUUAAAAGGUCUUCAGAAAUGAUGUCAUUGUUCCUAAAAUAGUAUUUAUUGGAAAUAUUUUGUUAUAAAAGGAAAGAAGCAAACUAUCAAAAGGAAACUGUCUCAUUAAAAUUUUAAGUGCCUUUUAACUAAAAAAUUUUAUCUAGAAAAUCAUCAGCAGAACUAUAGCAACUUAAAGCUUUUGCUUCAUACUUGAAUUAUAGACCAGUUUUCACUAUUAAAAAACAUGUCUUACUGGAGGUGGAAGGGAUCCUAGAAGUUUGUGGGAAUUUUUGAGUUAAGAAUAAAAAGGGCUCUCAUGCAUUGUAAGGAAAAGCACGCUUUACAUAUAUAAAGGCAGUAUUUUGUGAAGUAUCUUACUUUAAAAAGUUUUAUAUUUUGUAAAUGCAGUGUUUAAGUUAUGGUAUAUAUUAAGAAUUAAGACAUUUAUUGCCAAAAUCCAAGAGCAAGGGCAAUAAAAUUAUCUUAGAAAUAGAAUUAGCUUCUGUUUCUUCUUAUAUUCUUAACUAUACUUUUUUAAUACAUUGAAAAAUAAGCUAAUUGUGCAGUUAGUUAUAUUGAUGUAUAUUUCUUGCCCAAAUGACAGUUUUAUAUGUUAUAGUUUAAAACAUGCUUCAGAAGACUGAGAAUUAUGUUAUUUCAGCAGUAAUAUUAGUUGAAUUCUGCUUUUAAUUAGUUAUGCUUAACUUGUAAGUUUAUUUUAAUAAAUUAUGCAGUAAAAGUCUUAACUGGAAAAAAGAAUCUAAAUCAGAAUAAUGAUCAAUUUGUGGAUUUGAUAGCCUAUAUAUUUAUUUUAUUACAAGCAAUGCUGCAUUUUCAUGUGAAUGUUGAAUAGCCUUUCUUGUUUUUUUUAUUCAUGCAUGUAUAUUCAUCCUAUUUUACAUGGUUUUUCAUGAAAAUUACAGGAUUAUAUUUAAAUUUGUAUUUUAAUAAGAAUACUUAUGUUUCUAUGAAAAUUGUUAAAUAUUUUGGAAUUAUAUAGAAAAUUAUAUAAGUUCAGAAUGAACAAAAAUAUUCUUAUAAUCAUCAAAGAAAUGUUUCCCCAUGUUCCCUUUCCCCCAGGUCUUGUCUAUUUCCUUUCAGUGUCAUGUACUAUAAUUUGUGGAAAAGAACAAAAACAUGCCAGACUUAAUAUUAAAAUCAAGGUGAAACAUUUAACCAUGACCCAUAAUUUUGAACAAAAUCAUUAUUUACUAAUUCAGAGAUUCAGAAAUGACAAGUGAACAAAUACAGUUCAAAUUUUUAAAAAGUGAUGCACUAGUCUUUUGUAUCCACUGAUUAAAAUAACACGGAAAAUAAGUCUCAUUUUUGAAUAGUAAAUCUAGGUUUUUCUGCAAAAAAAAUAAGCACCUUAAAAAAAAAGCAAUUAAGACUGUAAUUCCCAUCCCGGAACAAUUUUUUUUUCUAUUAACUAGAAUAUUUUUCGCAACUACCUUACCUAUCAAUAGUGGGAAAUGGGUAGUCUGUCAUUCGUAAAUACCUAAUUACUACUAAAUCAUUGCAUAAAAGAAUGGUAUGGUCAAUCCAGUCUUUCUUUUAUGGUAUUCCUAAGAAGAAACAUUUAACUCCCAAGCUAUGUUGGGGGUUCUUUUUCCUUCUCCUGACAUCACCAUGUAAACCAUCUUUGAAAUCUCAGCUGUUAAGUUUUACAGGCUAACAACCUGGCCAGUGAGACCAGCCAGAGAGACAGAUGUGUGAGCUGUGAUGCAUGCUCUGUACAGAGAGCUAGGUUUGAUCCCUGGCACUCAUGUCUGAGGAGCACAACCAGGAGUGACCCCACAGUACUGAGCUGAGAGUAACCUCCAAACACCACAGGGUGUGGUCCCCAAACAAAUGAGCACCCUUCCACUAAUUUUGCCUUGGCUAUUUCCUUCCAACUGUCCAUGAUGAUAGCGGGAGCUAUCCCAGUGCUGCUGGGAAUAUAAAUUCUGGGGUACGAGCAUUCCUGUUCUGGCUCCUGCCUAAACUAUUUUUUCUGCAUUAGUUAGGUUCCUUUACUGUUACAAGUAAUUGACAAUUACGUGUCACAGUGACAGAAAUUAAUGAAAAUGAGUCCGAUCUAAAAAGUCCAGAGCUCAAGUAGAGCUUGAUUGAGAAGCUCACCCUAAAUUAAACCCAGGUCUUUUCAUUUGCAUCUGGAAGAAGCUGUCUUCAGUGUCAUCCUCUUCUGCUUCAGCUCCACAAAGUGUUGUGCUGUUGCCC